AGUAGAAUUCCAUUCGGAACUUCAGAGAGAGACCUUAAGAGAAAACUCUGACCAGCUUCUUCUGCACUCUGAACACUGAACCUAGUUUACUGACUUCUUGGCACUAAGUCAAUUUUCAGACGACUCUUUCUGCCUUGGAAAGAGCCAAGGAAAAAGGCGUCUCCUGCUGGCCAAAUGAGCUAGGAGUACAGCCGAGGGGCCCUCAGGAGAGUCAUGGAACCCCAGAAGCUGGCGAAUGUAGGAUUUCUGCUGUGUUCCGUGAACUGCCUCUUGUUAGAGACUCUAGCUUCCCCCGCAUCACCUGUAUCUGCCUCUGAAACACAAGACGCAGCAGGAUGGAAACCACGGUCAAGGGGUGUGCUUGCCGUGAGGAUGAAUCUUCCCAUCACCUCCGGAAGACGUAAGACUCAUGUCUCAGAAAAUCACAGGUCCUGGCUGAGCAACUUCAGGAAUUACUUGCAGGAUCACAUCAAGAACUCCACACCUUCAGCAGCCAUUUUUGCUUUUCUGAUCACCGCAACCAUGAUGGGGAUCCUCUGUUGCCUCACUAUUCUUGUAGGUGAACCAGUCCAAUGAAGCACUAGAAAGUUCAGUUGGACAACUGUGGUGUUUGGCUUGCUGGAUUCUGAGGGAGUGCAGAGUGUGCUAUUUGCUUACAGUAAGGAGAUACCUGUUGGUUAAAAUUAAAUUGUCUUCCAUGUUUACCUUUGCCUUUAUUUUCUCCUUUAAAACAUGCGAUUGAAAAAUGGGAAUAGCCUUAUUGCCGUUUUGAUUAUAAAAGUAAUACAUAUUUUAUUACAAAGAAAAUUUCCUAAAAUAAGAAGAAAAAGUACCCGUAAUGCCAGUGACCCAGAAAUAAAUAUUGUUAACAUCUUGGCACAUCUCCUUUCAAACUUUUUUCUAUGCUUGUAUUACCAGUUUUCCAAAAUCUUUUAUUUUAUUAUUUUCUUAACGUUUAUUAUUUAUUUUUGAGAGAGACAGAGAGACAGAUUGCUAGAGGGGAGGGGCAGAGAGAGAGAGGGAGACACAGAGUCUGAAGCAGGCUCCAGGCUCUGAGCUGUCAGCACAGAGCCCGAUGCAGGGCUUGAACUCAUGGACCGCGAGAUCAUGACCUGAGCCGAAGCCGGAUGCUUAACCGACUGAGCCACCCAGCCCUCCCCGCCCUUUUUUUUUUAAAGAAGGAUAUCCAUCAUGUCACACAAUUUAAGUUUAUUUAUUUAUUUUUGAGAGAAAGCAAGCAGAGGAGGGGCAGAAAGAGAGAGAGAGAGAAUCCGAAGCAGGCUCUGUACUGUCAGCACAGAGCCCGACACGGGACUGUAACCCACGUAUACAGUGAGAUCAUGACCUGAGCUGAAACCAAGAGCCAGAGACAUUUAGCCGACUGAGCCACUCAGGCACCCCUCCCAAAAUCUUUCCUGUGAAACAACAGUUCUGUUUUAAUAAAUGUUAUGAGCUAGGAGGGCUCAAUCAAUGGCCAACGAAGUUUGAGAGGUGCCAGAUUAAACAUAUUUAAGUAUGCUUUUUUAAGAUUUUAUUUUGAAGCAAUCUCUGCAGCCAACAUGAGGCUCAAACUCACAACCCCGAGAUCAAGAGUGACGCACUCCACCGACUGAGCCAGCCAGGUGCCCGUAAGAGUGUUUCUUUGCUCCAGCACUUCCAAAGGCCUUUUGAAAGGCUAACAUGACUCUCCACCAGAGGGUAUGAUGUGCGGUAUUUCCCAAACAAAUUUGAACAUGGGAUUUGUUUUUAUGGAUUGAUCUGCACUCUUUGAGAAAUGGAUGCGUGUGCACACAGUCACAACCUGGUUUUUUUCACAUAGUGUCGGUAAAUAUAUGUCUAUACAAUUUUAAGUGUCGCAUAGUACUCCUUGCCAUGGAUAUGACAUAAGUCAUGUAACCAUUUAGGGUGUUUCUACUUGUUUACUAUUGUAAUAUAUACUAUAAUAUGAUACUAUUUUAAAUGUAAUGCUGGUAAUAGUUGUACAAAUUAUUAAUUUGCUUUUCCCCUUUGCUGUUCUGAGUUUGAAAUCAUUCAUUCGGUGGAUACUUACUGAAUACAUACUGUGACUCAGGCACUGUUCUGGGCAGGUAACAGAACAGACACUAAUCCCAGCUCUUGUGGAGCCCUGUGCUGGUGGAGGGAUCCAGAUCACUCCGGCAAAUUGGUGAACCUCCAACAAGACGUGUUCCAGGCACAAGGCGCAAGAGGGUACACAUGCUGAGUCAAGAGUACCCCCUCUGCAUUCGAAAGCAGCAAAGAAACCAGAGCAAGUGAGGGCAAAGUAGGUCCUUGUGGGCCGUUGGAAGGAUCCUGGGGUGAUAGGGGAGCCAACAGAAGGUUUGGAGCAGAGAAGGGAUAUAAUUUGAUAGACGUUUUAUAGCGUCAUGUCAGCUGCCAUGUUGAGAAUAUAGGGGGCCAAAGACAGGAGCAGGGAGACCAGUCAGGUGAGAGAUGACUUCACUUGGACCCGGGUGGGGAGCAGCGGAGUUGCGCAAAGUGUCAGAUGCUGGAGAGGUCGCGAGGGGAGAAUCGGGCAGGAUUUGAUUCCAAGUCAAAUGACGUGCGGGAGAGAGGGAGGCUCCCACGGGGCCUCCCAGGCUUCUGACCCCAGCAAGUGAAGGGAAACCUGCUGCAAGUUAGGAAUUUCCCGCACGAAAAGAAAGACUGAAGUGGUAUUUGACUUGAUACUGAGGUGAGAUCUAGGGAACCGUCAGCCACAGGCCACCCCGCAGGCCAAGGUGAGCUCGGUUACAGAGGCUGCUGAUGAAACCAAAAGGCUGUGCUAGAGGCUAACAGGGGACCAGAGGGCCAAGUGAACAGAUUUGGCGUUCCCCUCCCCCUUGGCCCCUCCUCGCCCCCAGGGCAAGCCCUGUCCUGUCUUCUAAUCCCACAGCCUCACCUGCUUUCAGACUGUAUGUACUCUUCAGGGGGUUUCUCUGUUUACUUGCUUUAUGUUCUGAGAUUCUGCCACGUCGAUGCUUAUAGACGUGACUAAGAUUUGCACCCGUCCUGUCGAAUGGCCUAUUGCCUGAGAAGAGCUGGACUCAGCCCAUCAACUGUAGAAGGACAUUUCUACUGUUUCUGGGGUUCGUUUUCUCUUCUCGACAAAGCUUCUAGAAGAGCAUGUCUCAUAGUGCGCAUGGACAAGAGUGUCUCUACGGAAUACAGCCUGUGAUUGACUUGCUGGGUCAAAGGGUAAGUGCAUGCUGCAUCAUCAAUGCCAGCUUCCCAGAGUGAUUGCACGGAUUUACACUUCCUGCCAGCGUUAGUGGGAGUAUAAUGUUCCCAUGAUCCCACAUGCUUCAGCACAUGGAAUAUCAGGAGUCUUCUACCCGGGUAGAUGAGAGGUUAGAUCAUCUUGUGCUCUUACCCUGCAUUUCCCUGAUAACCGAUGAGGCUGAAGCCCUUUCCCUGUCUUUAUGGAUCAUUCGUCUUUCUCUCAUAUGAAAUUCCUGUUAGUGAAUUUUGCCCAUUUUUCUCAUUUGUAGUGUUGUUUACCCAUCCGUAGGAAUUCUUGAUAUAUUCUGUAUACCAUUGUUUUGAAUGUGAUUGAAGUGAAAAUGCCUUCUCCCAGCUAGAAGAUUCGAUUUUCACUCUUGCUAGGAUGCAUUUUCAAGAGGAUGUAUUUGCUUGAAGGUAGACAAAUUCGCCCAUCACUUUCUUCUAAGAAAUCCUUUUCUAUCCCCAUGUCAUAAAGGAAGUCUCCUGCAUUCCAAAAGUUUUGCACGUUUGCCUUUCACAUUUAAGUCCUUAAACUACUCCAAUUAAUUUUCGUAGGGUGUGAGACCGAGUUCAAUUUUAUUUUCUUACUAUUGUGAGAAGCUAUACUUUUCCACUCUUGAACCUUGAACUGAAUUUCGGUGCCUAAAGGCAGUUCUCGGAAUUGAGAGAAGCAGAUACCUGCAAUAAAUUCCAAGAAGCAAUAAAUUCCAAGGAGCAGACCCAGAUUCUGAGCACCGAGCACCCCUGAACCGGAACCGGCCGCCCAGGAAAGCCUGUGAGGCCGGCUUUUCUCUGAGUCAGCUGACUCGGUCGGGGGUACUUUUCCACCCUGAGCCUCCAUCAAAACUCUAACUAAAUUUUGCUGGAGGAGUCACCCUCUCUGAAGUUCUUCUGACUGCGGUAUUUUGGAUAAAGUGUUAGUUUUCACGUCUAACAAGUCGCAGUUUUCAUUCUGAUAAUAUGCAUCCCCGAUAUGCCCAGUACUACCUAGUGCUAGUCUGCACUUUCCCUACGGCUCUACCUGUUAGGGUCUUGGAACUGCAUUGGAUCUAUAGGCCGACGGAACCUUCCAAACCGUGAAUAUGACUCAGCUCUCCAUUUUGUAGCUCUUCUUUAAUGGAUUCCAAUAGACUCCUGUAAUUCUGGCUACACGAUAUACAGUUACAUUUAUUCCUAGAUAUUUUUCAUUUUACAUGUCACACUGAACGGCAUCUCUUAAAAUUAUAUUUUCUUUUUUGAAUGUUUAUUUAUUUAGAGAGAGAGGGGAAAUAGGGAGCAGGUGGGAGAAGGGUAGAGAGAAGGAGAGAGAGAAUCCUAAGCAGGCUCCGCGCUGUCAGCGCAGAGCCCGACGCGGAG